AUGAAGAUUUACACCAAGACGGGCGACGCGGGCGCGAGCGAUCUGUACACCAUGGAGCGACGGGAGAAGGACGACGCGACGUUCGACGCCCUGGGAGACGUCGAUGAGUGCAACGUCGCGGUGGGCAUCGCGCGGGAGUUUUGCGUCGAGGAGAAGAAUGGAUUGGCGGAGGAGUUGGCGGAGAUUCAGUCGAGGCUGUUGGACGUGGGCUCGCGCGUGGCGACGCCGCUGACGACGUCCGAGGCGCGCGCGGCGGCGCGCGCGGCGUUCUCGGAAGCGCACGUGGAGAUGUUGGAGCGAAGAAUCGACGCGAUGAGCGAAGAGUUGCCGGCGCUGACGAGUUUUUUGUUGGUGUCGGGGGGGCGGGCGAGCGUGUUCUUGCACCAGGCGCGCGUGGUGUGUCGCCGCGCCGAGCGACGAUGCGUCCCGCUCGUUCGUCGGGGGGAGUGUCCGGACGUCGUGCGGGUGUACUUGAAUAGGUUGAGUGAUUAUAUGUUCACCGCGGCGCGGUACGCGGCGAUGAAGGCGGGUCGCGCGGAGGAGCCGUACAAGAAGGCGGCGUGA